GAUUCUGGGUGACUGAGGCUAAAGCAGGGAGCAGAGUCAGGCAGAGACACCUAUAGAGCCAGACUGGGCUGCCAAUGACAGUGGGGACCGUUGGAUCCUGUUUGAUUUUGCCAGUCACUCUUUAUAUGCCAUGUGCUGAAUAACAUGUAGGAAGGACAGGGAAGAGGUAGUGACUGUGAGAGAGAGGUGUGGUAGAAAAUUAUGUCCACGUGGAGAGGGAGUGAGAACUGAUGGCCAGAGGGCACCAGCAUUGAGGACAUAGGGUGAAAUGUCCACCCUUGGUUGUGUCACAGAGGCAUGAUCUGGGGAUCCUAGGACAAUUGCCUGACAAGGGGGAGUGCGCCCCUGCUUACAGGCCCAGAACUCAGAUACCGAUCUGCUUACCUGCCUGUUGUCAUGGAUGAACACAGUGAUCCAGGGGAUCAUGAGAACAGAGUGCACAUCAGUACCACCAAGGGCCUGAUAUCUCCUCUGAGGUGGGGGAAUUGGGAGGUGGGUGAGUAGGGGUUCAUUUAGUGGAUGGAUGAACUUUGGUCCUAGGAGAGAAGCUGAUCAUGAAAUGAACUAUCCCCAUCAUGGCAGGGCUGUGUGACAUUUGAAGAUGUGGCCAUUUAUUUCUCUCUGGAGGAGUGGGGGAUCCUUGAUGAGGCACAGAGGUUCCUGUACCAUGAUGUGAUGCUGGAGAAUUUUGCACUUACAACAUCCCUGGACCGUUGGUGUGGAGCAGAGGACCAGGAGGCCCCUUCUGAGCAGAGUGUUUCUGUGGAAGGAGGGUCACAGCUCAGGACUUCUAAGGCAGAUCCAUCCACCCAGAACACUCGCCCCUGUGAGAAGUGUGUCCCAGGCUUGAAAGACAUUUUGCACCUGACUGAGCUCCAAGAAAUAUAUUCUGGGCAAAAGCCAUACUUAGGUGGGGGAACCAAAGGCUUCUGGUUCAGUGAAAACCUUCACCAGUACCAAAAGCAUGACAAUCAAGAAAAAAUCUUCACAGUGGACAGGGCCUCAUUUGUGAGGAGCUAUAGAUGCCAUGUGUCAGGGAAGCCAUUCACCUGUGGGGAGGUUGAGAAGGACUUUCUAGCUACCUCAGGCCUUUUCCAACAUCAGGCCACUCCCAAUGGUGAGAAGCCACACAGCAGCAUUGAAUGUGGGGAGCCCUUUAAAGGUGGAAAAAGUCAUGAUAAGUGGAUUGAAAGCAGGAGAAUUUUUAGCAAUACACACCCACUUCCCCACCAGAGAGCCUGUACUGGAGAAGGUCUUGAUGAGUGUAGCACGUGUGGUAGAGGCUUCAGCUGCAAUUGCAGACUUGUUCAGCACCAGCAAACUCACCCUGGAGAAAAGCAGUAUGAGUGUGGUCAAUGUGGGAAAUUUUUUAGCCGCAAAACUCACCUUAUUCGACAUUGGAGAGUUCACACUGGAGCAAAGCCCUAUGAAUGCAUUGAAUGUGGGAGAUCUUUUAGCCAGAAAUCUGACCUUGUUCAACACCAAAGAAUUCACACAGGAGAAAGGCCUUAUGAAUGCAGUGAAUGCAAGAAAUCCUUUAUCCAGAAAUCCGUCCUCAUUAAACACCAGAGAGUUCACACUAAUGAAAGGCCUUAUAAGUGCAAUGAAUGUGGGAAAUCCUUUAGCCAAAGCUCUGGUCUUCUUCGACACAAGCAAGCACACACUAGAGAAAAGCCUUAUGAGUGCACUGAGUGUGGGAAGUCAUUUACCUGUAAAACUCACCUCAUUCGACACUGGAGAGUUCACAGUGGAGUAAGGCCUUAUGAGUGCAUUGAAUGUGGGAAGUGUUUUAGUGAAAAAUCUGUCCUCAUUCAACACCAAAGAGUUCACACUGGAGAAAGGCCUUAUGAUUGCAGUGAUUGUGGGAAAUCCUUUACCCAGAAAUCUAUCCUCAUUCAACACCAAAGAGUUCACACUGGAGAAAGGCCUCAUGAAUGUAGCAAAUGUGGGAAAUUCUUUAGCCGGAAAACCCACCUCAUUCGACACUGGACAGUUCAUACUGGAGCUAAGCCUCAUAAGUGCAGUGAAUGUAGGCGCUCCUUCAGCCGCAAAGACACGCUUGUUCAGCACCAGAGAAUCCACACUGGAGAAAAGCCUUAUGAGUGCAGUGAAUGUGGGAAAGCUUUCAGCCGCAAAGCCACACUCGUGCAGCACCAGAGAAUACACACUGGAGAAAGGCCUUAUGAGUGCAGUGAAUGUGGGAAGUCCUUUAGCCGCAAAGACAAUCUUACACAGCACAAAAGAAUUCACACUGGGGAAAUGCCUUAUAAGUGUGGUGAAUGUGGAAAAUACUUCAGCCAUCACUCCAAUUUAAUUGUACACCAGAGAGUUCACAAUGGAGCAAGGCCUUAUAAGUGCAGUGAUUGUGGGAAAGUCUUCAGACACAAGUCCACACUUGUUCAGCAUGAGAGCAUCCAUACUGGAGAAAAUCCUUAUGUUUGCAGUGAUUGUGGGAAAUCCUUUGGACACAAAUACACCCUGAUUAAACACCAGAGAAUUCACACUGAGUCAAGGCCAUUUGAGUGCACUGAAUGUGGGAAAUUCUUUAGUCGAAGCUCUGACUUUAUUGCACACCAGAGAGUUCACACAGGUGAAAGGCCUUUUGUGUGCAGCAAAUGCGGGAAAGACUUCAUAAGAACCUCUCACCUUGUUCGGCACCAAAAAGUUCAUACUGGAGAAAGGCCAUAUGAGUGCAAUGAAUGUGGGAAAGCCUACAGCUUAAGCUCCCACCUCAUUCGGCACCAGAAAGUUCACACAGCAGGAAGGCUUUAGGAGUGCUUUCAACACAGGAUUCAUAUAGGGAGAAUCUCCGAUUUCCCUUUGAAAGGAAGACAUCAAUUAGAUGUUGAACUUCAUAUAUUUGAGCAUUAACAUUGGAGAGUUUCCUUAUGACUGCUGGGUACAAGGGAAGCUUUCGGGCUGUAUUGCACUUUCAGACCUGUUUAGGCUCCUUGCCAGAUUUCUGUGUCAGUUCUGGCUGGAAACAUCUGAGCUCUACUAGCUUAGUUACCCUAAUAUCUUCAGAAGAGGCAGAACUUUGUACUCUCUCCAACCUGUGGGGAAAUUAUAAUAAACCUGAGUUAAAUUGAGAGGGAGCAGGGGUCAUUUCCUCCCCACUGACCAGUAAAGAUGAGGACAUGACCCAUCAUUAGCUAAGAGGAGUUGAGUUUUGUUUGGUAACAGGAAAGUUUCUUUACUCAUGGACAUUGUUGGUGCCAAGUGAUACUUUUUUUUUUUAAUACGAUUUUAUUGAUUUGAGAGAGACAUCAAUCAGCUGCCUCCUGCAUGCCCUCUACUGGGGUUUGAGACCAUCAAACCAGCGACCUUUUGGUGAUGGAAUGACGCUCAACCAAUGAGUCACACCAACCAGGACAUCAUGAUAGUUUUUGUUUUUGAUUUAUAUUGUUGAAAGUAUAUUCUCUUUCCCCAUUGACCCUCUCCACCCUGCACUCCCACCCCACGCCCAUGCCCACCUCCCCACACACACAUCAUGUGAUAGUUUUGACAGGUUUUUCCGGACUCUCAAGUCACCUAGCCUGGACAACUAGUUGCCUCAUGUUGCUCUGGUUGGUGUGAUAAUAAAGACUUUAUUAUUUAAGCCAC